UUCACCGCAGACAUCGAAGCGCUUGAUGUCGCUCUUGGAGUAAAACUGCGUUUGCUUCUUCAAUUCUCGAGGGAAUUUGGAUAACUUGGACUAAUUUCAAAGAGGCUUAACAUAGUCCAAACUGAACAAUAACUUAUACAUAUUUCAGCAGUCGAUUAAGGCUGGUUUCUUGAGCUAUUAACACGGGCGAAUUGGAGCCAAAAAUGUAGCAUCUUUUCUCAAGAAAGUAUUUAUCAAUGGUGGAACAUACUGCAACAUUAAAGGUCCUGGUUCUUCCUGGGCCGGACGGUAUAGCAUUAAACACUGGUAGACGUGACAACUACUCGCUGCACGAAAAAUCUGCUGGUUUCAAAGAGGAGAUCUGGAGCAUCAAACAGCUUAUUCACCAAGACGAAAAGCGCCGAAAUGCUAAGAACUCCAGACAGUAUGCAUGCCCACCGAUAGUGGAUCUUACAUCGAUGAAACAGUAUGCGGAAGUACAACCGCAGCACCGACCAAAACGUAUCUUCAACGGGUUCUUUCCCUCGAAAAUACGGACCUCCCAUCCUAGCAACACACCGGUGGGCAUUCCACGAGAGAAGGAUGCAUAUUUUGAGAAUCUCGGCCCUGAUCCCAACGCUUCUCCAUAUCAACACGGCGCUGUCCUGGGCCGAGUCGACUUCAAAAGCGGUCAACAUUCUGAGCCCACAGUUUGUCGCGCUGACAAGCCCCAUCGUCCUUCGCAAACCGCGCCGGCCAACAGAUGGGUGAUGUAUUCCUUACGAAACGGCGCCCCAUCCCCCUGGGUCAACAGAUACAAAAUCAAACAGAAGUCCAUCGUGGGAUGUAACCCGGGGGAACUGAGGCCUGGUAGGCCCACGAACUUAGUAGCACUAGAACAGCGGGGUUACUCAAGAUGACAUGCUCUGCGUGCCAUGGAAGUUAAUGUAUCCCUACCACUGCCCCUCUAGCCCUACAUAAAGUACUGACCGUGGGGAUCCAUGACGUUCUGACGAACAUUUUUUACUGCUCGUCACAGCUCGUUACAUUGGUUGCCUCGUAUAGCAAAAUAACAGGAACAUAACACCCGGCUACAACACGGUCUACAAAACAUUUUUUUCCUGAACGGUGUUUCGCUAUUACUCCUAUGAAGAAAACGUUGUCGUUUUGGGGGUCUGGUACCGAGGAAUUUUAGUAUCCUAGACUUUCUCCAUUUGACUAAAGAUGGUUACAGUCAUUGUUUUUCUCUUCUAAUUACAAGUUAACGAAGGCCCUGCGAUACGGCAACCUUAAAAGCGACUGUACCAUCGGUAUACACCUAUUUCAAAUAGGGGUAACAAUAAGAAAAAUGAAUAUGGCCCAAGUAGCUUAGAUUGUCAAUGUUGCUUUAAUGUGUUAGUUAGCUAAACCAAGCUAAUGCCUAACAAAAGAAAACACAACUAUUAAUAUCUAUUUAUAGCAUUCGAAAUGUUUCAUUUUCUUAUUGUCGAACUUAGAUUGCAAUAGGUGUAUCAUUGAAAAUCGUUUUUUUUUUUUAAUAAACUCAUACAAACCCAUAGUACAACAAAUAAAAAGGGAAGAAUUUGCCCUUUCCUCUCCCCUAAGAAAUGGGGAGAGUGUAUAUAGUGUCAUGAAUUUAGUCUGCUUCAGUUUGACGGGGUCAAAGUUCUUCUUUUUCUCUUUCAAAGUUUCCGUUGAAAUCCACAAAAAGGUUUUAGGCUAGUUUAAGUUUGAUGUAGUGUGUCAUCUUGUGUAAUAGCAGCCUCUGAGAAUACUGAUAUUUGGGACAGAUUAUGAUAAUGUUAUAAGGAAAAUGAUGAUUAUAGCAAUGAGAGGCAAAAGUGUAAAAGAAAAAUAUUCUGAAAAAUAUAAUAAAUGUGCCUUUUUGAAA